AUGCUGAAACGGGCUAACCCUUAUCUCAGGAAGAAGGUUGCCAUUGUGGGCGGCGGCUGCACUGGGAUUGCCGCCCUGUGGUCGCUGAACCGCAGCCCUCACGAUGCCUACAUUUACGAGGCCAGCGACCGUCUUGGAGGUCAUACCAACACGGUUGAGUUCACCAAGGGCAAAUACAAGACGCUGGUCGACACGGGCUUCAUCGUGUUCAACUCGGAGACAUACCCGAACUUCAUCAAUUUCCUCGCCAAUGAAGGCGUCAAGACCGUGCCAACCGAGAUGAGCUUCUCCGUGUCCCGGGACGAAGGUCUCUUCGAGUGGGCUGCUUCCGGCCUAGAUGCUCUCUUCUGCCAGCGAAGGAACCUCUUCUCGCCCAGAAUGUGGCGCAUGCUCUUCGACAUGAUCCGCUUCAACCAAUUUGCCCUCGACGUGUUGAUGGCGGAUGAGCCGCCCGAACUAACAAUCGGUCAAUACUUGGACCGAGAGGGGUAUUCGGAUGCAUUCCGCGACAACUACCUGAUGCCGAUGGCGGCGGCUGUCUGGAGCACGUACCCUGACGAUGUCUGGAACACAUUCCCGGACGACCACAUGCUCAACUUCCCGGCUGUGACGUUGAUCCGUUUCUUGUGGAACCAUCAUCUGCUCUCGAGCUUCGGCGCGCGGCAACAUUGGCUCACCAUCGCCACAGGGUCCAAGACAUAUGUCGAUAAAGCCAUGCAUGGUUUCCCUUGGAACCGUGUGCUUCUCAAUACCACCGUGACCACUCUCACCAACGAAACUGAUGGGCGGGUGCGCCUGCACACCAAGGACGGCGACUCCGAGGUGUUUGACCACGUCAUCCUGGCGACCCAUGGUGAUCAAGCCUAUGCGAUUGUCCGCGACUCGGCGACUGAGGAGGAGAAAUCCAUCCUGCAGAAUUUUCGCACCACAGAGAACGUGGCGGUUCUGCAUUCCGACACGUCCCUGAUGCCCCGGUCAGGAAAGGCUUGGUCAAGCUGGAACUGCCUGACCACGUCAACAGGACCAAAGGGCAAGGCGGCCCAGAACAAAGAGGUGUGUGUCACCUACAACAUGAAUAUUCUGCAGCACAUCCCGCGCGACGUCUUUGGCGACGUCCUUGUUACGCUCAACCCGCUGCAUAAACCGGCCCCGGAAACGGUGCAGGGACGGUUCACCUACCGACACCCCCUAUACACGCCGGCCGCCAUCCGCGCUCAGCAGCGCUUGGACUCGAUCCAGAACAAGCGCGGCAUCAGCUACGCCGGAGCAUGGACCAACUACGGAUUUCAUGAGGACGGCUUUAGCAGCGGCCUGCGUGUUGCCGCGGAGCACCUCGGCGGCAAGAUACCGUUUGAGUGGAAGGACUCGACCUUCUGCCGCGGGCAGAAGCCCAAUUUGGGCGCUAUCGACCACUUACUCAGGGCCUGGAUCGUUCUUGUGCAGGUGUUGCUCAUCGAGGUGGUGGGACUGCUGGUUAAGACGGCCAGCGAGUCGGCAAUCUGGCGGAUGGUUCUGAGGCGCGCCGGUGCCCAAUGGCGGCCGACUGCCACCAAAGCCGCAAAAUCGACCGCCAAGUCCCGGCUGGCCGGCUCGAAGCGCUUCUUCUCGCAGAGCUUCCCUCGACGACAGCAGCAGCAACAGCAGCAGCAACAAAAUGCGAGGAUCGGUGGCGCAGCGCCGGGGAUGAAUCGUAUGAGUGAGAUCUACAAGAGGAGGAAUCGGUCGACAGCGUACUACACCAUCAGCGUUAUUCUGGGGACGGUUGCGUUUUCGUACGGCUCCGUGCCCAUGUACAAGAUGAUCUGCCAAACAACAGGUUGGGGCGGCCAGCCGGUCCGCGCCCACGGCGCUUCCUCCUCCUCGUCAUCCGACCCCUCCGACCUCGCCUCCCGCCUCGAGCCCGUGACCGACGCCAAGCGGAUCCGCGUAACCUUUUCGUCGUCCGUCUCAGACGUGCUGCCCUGGAAGUUCACGCCGCAGCAGCGCGAGGUGCGCGUGUUGCCGGGUGAGACGGCGCUGGCCUUCUACACGGCGACCAACCUGUCGGACAAGGACAUCAUAGGCGUCGCGACGUACAGCGUCACGCCCGCGCAGACGGCGCCCUAUUUCAGCAAAAUCCAGUGUUUUUGCUUCGAGGAGCAGCGGCUCGCAGCCGGCGAGACGGUCGACAUGCCCGUGUUUUUCUAUUUGGAUCCGGACCUGCUCAAGGAUGUGAACAUGCGCGGCGUCGAGACGGUUACGUUGAAUUAUACCUUCUUUAAGGCGAGGUAUGAUGAUAAUGGGCGGUUCAAGGGGCCGCCUGGGUUCUGA